AUGGAUGUAGCCGAUACUUACGCCACACAAAGCCAAGUCAAAGACGAGGUUGGAGUUCGAUGCCAAAAGCUUUUCCAGGAUUUCUUGGAUGAGUUCAAAGAAGAUAAUGAAGUGAAAUACGAAAAGGCGGCUAAAGAACUGCUAAAACCUGAAUUAAGUACCUUAGAGGUCAGUUUCGAUGAUGUUGAAAAAUACAAUCAGAAUCUUGCUACCACAAUUAUUGAAGAGUAUUACAGAAUAUAUCCGUUUUUGAAUCAAGCUAUAUUGAAUUAUGUGUUAAGUCUUGCUGAUAGUGGUGUGAAGAAGGAGCUGCAAGGCAAGGAGUGUUACAUUUCAUUUGUUGAUGUGCCCACUAGACAUAAAGUGAGAGAACUGACUACUGCAAAGAUUGGUACAUUGAUUAGAAUCUCAGGACAGAUUGUGAGGACCCACCCAGUGCACCCUGAGCUGGUCUUGGGCACCUUUGUCUGUUUGGAUUGUCAGACAGUUAUCAAAAAUGUUGAACAGCAAUUCAAGUAUACAAUCCCAGCCAUCUGCCGUAACCCAGUAUGUGCUAACCGUCGCCGCUUUAUGUUGGAUGCGGACAAGUCUGUGUUUGUUGACUUCCAAAAAGUCCGCAUUCAAGAGACACAGGCUGAACUCCCCAGAGGAUGCAUUCCUCGCUCCCUUGAAGUUAUAUUGAGGGCUGAAGCUGUGGAAUCUGUGCAGGCUGGUGAUCGUUAUGAUUUCACUGGAACUCUGAUAGUGGUUCCUGAUGUAGGCUCCCUGUCAUUACCGGGAGCUAAAGCAGAACUCACUACAAGAACUAGACAGGGAAAUGAUGGUCAGAUGGAAGGUAUCAAGGGACUGAAGGCCUUAGGUGUCAGAGAACUGCAUUAUAAAACAGCCUUCUUAGCGUGCAGUGUACAAGCAAUAUCGCGUAGAUUUGGUACUGCUGAGAUGGCCACCGAUGACCUUACCACCGAGGACAUGAGAAAGCAAAUGACUGAUAAAGAAUGGGAUAAGGUUUACGAGAUGUCACGCGACCGCAACCUGUAUAACAACCUGAUCACCAGCCUGUUCCCGAGCAUCCACGGCAACAACGAAGUGAAGAGAGGCAUACUGCUCAUGUUGUUUGGUGGCGUCGCCAAAACUACCAUUGAAGGUACAACUCUUCGAGGUGAUAUAAACGUGUGCAUAGUGGGCGAUCCUAGCACGGCUAAGUCCCAGCUACUGAAGCAAGUUAGUGAGAUCACUCCGCGCGCCGUCUACACUAGUGGGAAGGCUUCUUCCGCUGCUGGUCUCACCGCUGCUGUGGUCAAAGAUGAAGAAUCAUUUGACUUCGUGAUCGAAGCGGGCGCGUUGAUGUUAGCUGACAAUGGCGUCUGUUGUAUCGACGAGUUCGACAAAAUGGACGUCGUCGACCAAGUCGCCAUCCACGAGGCUAUGGAACAGCAAACAAUAUCUAUUGCCAAGGCUGGAGUUCGAGCAACGUUAAACGCACGUACCUCAAUCCUCGCCGCUGCCAAUCCGAUCGGCGGGCGGUACGACAGAGCAAAGUCCCUACAACAGAAUGUAGCACUCAGUGCACCAAUCAUGUCUCGGUUCGAUCUAUUUUUCAUCCUCAUUGAUGAAAGCAGUGAGAUGGUAGACUAUGCUAUCGCCAGGAAGAUAGUUGAUCUGCACUGUAAUAAAGAGGAAACUUACGAUUGCGUGUAUUCAAGGGAAGAUCUGCUGAGGUACAUCGCCUUUGCACGGUCGUUCAAGCCUAUUAUUACAGAGGAAGCGGGCAAGUUGCUGGUAGAGUACUACACAGUACUGCGCCAGCGUGACGGCGGCGGCGCGGGCGGCGGCGGCGCGUGGCGGAUCACCGUGCGACAGCUCGAGUCCAUGCUGCGGCUGGCCGAGGCCAUGGCCAAGAUGCACUGCAGCGGACACGUCACGCCACAACACGUGCACGAGGCAUACAGAUUACUGAACAAAUCAAUCAUCAGAGUAGAACAGCCAGACAUCCACUUAGAUGAAGAAGAUCCUCAGUAUGAGCCUAGUAUGGAUGUUGAUCAGGAAAUACCUAAUGGUGGAACUGAAGCCCCACCAAACGGUGACUCGGCUCCGAAGAAGAAACUGACGCUUUCCUUUGAAGAGUACAAGUCUUUGAGUGACAUGCUGGUUGUGUUCAUGAGGAAAGAGGAAGUGGAAGCUGAAACUAGAGGAGAAGAAAGCGCUGGUAUGCGCAAGAGUGCCGUCGUAAGCUGGUACUUGGAACAACUAGUAGGACAAGGACAAAUUGAGAACGAAGAUGAGCUGCUUGAGAGGAAGACCUUGGUUGAGAAAGUCAUUGAUAGGCUGAUGUAUCAUGAUCAAGUUAUUAUCCCGCUCUCGACUACAGGCCUCAAAGCGACACAAAAGUCUUCAGAUCAAGAAAUAGAAGAUGACCCACUACUAGUAGUACAUCCAAACUAUGUUGUUGAUACGUAG